UGAGGGUGUGUUCGCUCAAUCGCAUCUUCUCUCCAGUCCGUAUUACCAAUUAUACCCUUGAAGUUCUAAUAUGUCCCGUAGGAAAAUUCGGCUCAGUCACCACAUUGCAGGGGAUAAAUGCGUCAUAUGAGACAAAACGCCAGCGAUGCUGCGUGCUCGCCCGAUCCCUCCUCCCCUCCCCCCGCCGAUCUCGUUCGACUCGAAUCCGCCGCCAUAUUCCUCCUCCUUUUCCCGCAGACCGCGGUGUUACGCUGCCUCCGAUGAAGGCGGUCGCUCAUCCGGUGAGGGCGGCGUUGCGGCGCGUUGGGUUUGGCGGCGGACCACUGACGGGAAGUCUGCGCUGGCGACGCAGGCUCCUGCUCGCUGCGCUCUUCGCGUCGGCAGCGGCCGCCGUGUUUCUCGCCUUCUCUUCGCGCCCUUCGGGCGCUCCCCUCUGGAUCUCCGACUCCUACAGCACCCCCUCCAGUCGCAUCGCUGAUUCACUCUCUUCCGCAAACUUCUCACCUGUGUCACUCCCUGGCUUUGCUUCGAGGCUUAAUUUUAGUGCUUCCGAUGUUACGCCUGUUUUCCCUCCGGUUCUUGCCCCUUCGCCACCGCCUAACGAUGACUUAGAUGAUGCGGAGGUGGAUGACAUUGACAGCGGCCCUGUCUCAAAGGAGACAGCUUUGUGGACAGAGGUCAUGAACUCUACAGAUGCAAAUCUUCCGUCUCUUUUUGUAGAGCCUCACCCUUCUCAACUUGAGAGUUCAAAAUCCGGUACACCUGAACUAAGAGAGCCUCCUUUGUCGCUUCAGAAUGAACUAAGGAUGCCUAUGCCAUUGACAUCCACCGAUCAACAACUUAUCUAUGCCAAAGGAGAAAUUAGUCGUGCGCCUGUUAUCUAUGAUGACUCUGAUCUAUUUGCUCCUCUGUUCCUGAAUGUUUCAGUCUUUAAGAGGAGUUAUUCACUGAUGGAAAGUUUGCUGAAGGUUUACAUCUAUCAGGACGGAUCAAAACCUAUUUUCCACAGACCUGAUCUCAAAGGCAUCUAUGCUUCUGAAGGGUGGUUCAUGAAAUUAAUGGAGGGUAACAAGAAUUUUGUUGUGAAAGAUCCAAAGAAAGCCCAUUUGUUCUAUCUACCGUACAGUGCACAUAGGUUACAACAGGCGCUUUACGUGCCCAACUCACACAAUUUUCAGCCUUUAAUGAUUUUCUUGAGGGAUCACAUUAACAUGAUUUCUGUCAAGUAUCCUUUUUGGAAUCGAACAAGAGGAGCUGAUCAUUUUCUAGUUGCUUGCCACGACUGGUAUGAAUGACACUUUUGGAAUUUGAAGCCAUCUUAUUGGACAUUUAAAUGCCAACCUGAAACACUAGAGACUUUGCAAGCUUGAUUUCUUCAGUCUGUUUUUCUUUAUUAUCCUUUCAACAAGUUUCCUGUAUUUUGAAAUACAGCAUCAGAUUACUUGUUAGCAUCUUACUACAAAGAAAUUGUUUUCACCUUCUUGCAUGGAUAACAAGGAGGGUGGUUGGUGUAAUCAUUUUUCAUGUAAGAAGUUUUGUGAUAUUCAGCAGCCUUUCUGAUAAUUCAAGGUUGUCUAGAAGCAUAGGUCAACAUGCCACCACUGUGUACAACUAAUACUGAGCCUUUAGAGGAAUCUAUGUGUAUGAAAUAUCAUUUUCCCUAUUUAUUGUAUGUUUUUUAACACUUCUUAUUCUUUGUUCAUAGUUUGAGUCAUGGUAAGUAUGUGUGGUGGGUUUAGUUUGAUAUUGGGUGUCCAAGUCUCGGAGUCCUAUUACAUGGUAUCUCUUCACCACACAAUAAGAUUGAUACACCAUUUCCCAUUACUUAACGUGGUAUAAAAGCUUCCUCUUCCUAGGGUUAGGUUUUCAAAAAAAUAAUUCCCUUGAUGGCGGUCUUCUCCCUCAUCCAUUGAUCUUCCACGUUAUCAGCACUAAUUCUCCUGUAUUGUUGUCUACUGCUCAACUUCUUCUUCUCCUUCCCUUGUUCACUAGCUCAACCAUGUCCCAACUCGCCAUCAAGCCUUCCUUCAGCACAUUUUCUUGCCUCAAGAUCAUUUGGUUGCAUUUGUCUCUGCUCUGGCCUUAUGGGCCAAGUUGUUGCCUCGUCAUGCAAUGCUAGAGUUCAUGAGCUUCUCUGAUUUUGUCACACCCUGCUGCUGCCUUAUUGCAGGACAUGAGUGUUCAUCUUCCUCUCGUGCAGCUUCUCUCUGGCUACUUUAUUACACAAGUACUCCUCCAUGUAACAACUACUGCCGCCUCUUCUGCAUGAUGAGGAUACUCCAACAAGCUCACCUCGAUCUUCUCAUCCCACAGGCCACCCAACCAAAGACAUACUUGAAGUUUGUGUUGAUGGUGAUGAACUACUCCCCUUCGGUUGCAAACAAUGGAUCUAGAUAGUAAUCACACCAACCCUUUUACUCUCAUGACUCCUCUUGCUAUUCUUCAAGAAUUGCCCUGUUCUUGUGUUUUGCUUAACCUGCAUGUAUCUGCUUGGAGUCAAAUCUUCUUUUCAUUGCCCGCGUCCUACUGCCCCAUUAUGGUCCAUAACAUCUGUCCCUUGUAGGACACAAGCAGUGAUUCUUGAUUUCUUCACCGAAUCCCUCAAUCUACAGCAAUAUAAUCUGCCAUUACCUCUGGUGCUUCCUUCAUUGGCUGGAGCAGAUUUCUCCUUCUUCAAUCAAAUUUCACCAUGGAAAUGAAUUUCUUCUUUGUAUAAUCUCGAAAAGAUUUCUUCUAUAUCCACCAAAUUCAGUUUCCUUAAGAUUUCCCUUUGAUCCUUGUGCAAAUCGAUUGCAUUUGCUUCUAUAUACUGUCUUCAUUGUUUCUGCUUUCCUGACCAUUGUUAAUAUUUGUAAAAACCUUUUCUUGUCUGCAUUCUCCUUCAUAGUAGUUCAUUCAUCCAACACUGCAACAAUUAUUGGUCAUCAUCUCCCAGCAGUUUACCAAAUUUGGUAAACUCUAUCUUGAGCUGAGCUGCUGCAGAUUCAAGCAACUCUCUCUCAUAUAGAGCUUAUGCACAUGUCAACCUCUGCCCUCUCAACUUCCCUGGAUUUUAUGUUUUUUUUUUGAGUGCUUUCCUUCACUUCUUUCAUCAGUCUGUCACAUGCUCUCAUCUCCCUUCUAAGAAGCCUACUCAACAAACUGUUUCCAGGGAUCUCAUCUCAUUCUCUCAACCACCACUCGAACCCUCAUUGAAUGUUUUCUUUCUCCCCAUUCAUCAGUCGCUUGUUGUCAAAUUAUCAUAAGAAGAAGCUCGCUCAAGAGGCUGGUUCCUGAGAUCUCGCCUCAAUUUUUCUCUAUUGGUGCUUUGAUUUUUGGUCAAAGGAAUAAAUGCCUACUUCCUACUUGUUUCAUCACAUCCAAGUAAGUUUACAUUUUUCUUUCUUUCUUUUUUUUUAAAGGCCUUUAUAGGUUAAGUAUCGGCACACACAUUGAUAGUAUUUAUACUCUAGUUUACAGAGUGUUAGAAUCAUUAGCUAUGCGUAGUGGGUUGAGUCUCACAUUGGGUGAUUUAGGUUUAGAGUUUAUGUUGGGUCAUAUACAUACCAUGUAAUAGAUGCCUCUUAAAAUUACAAGAAGAUCUGUAUAUAAUUUUCCACUGCACUUAUUAUCUUGUUAGUUGUUCAUUCAUUACUUUUUCUUUCUUCCUGAUGAUUACUUAAACGUUAGGGGCCUUACACAACAAAGUGGCAUCAUGAAUUGCGCACAAACACCAUCAAAGCUUUAUGCAAUGCAGAUGUCUCUGAGGGUGUUUUUAUCCUCGGAAAAGAUGUCUCUCUUCCAGAAACAAGUAUUAGAAAUGCUAGAAGGCCUUUGUGGAAUAUAGGAGGAAAGCCUGUUUCUCAGAGAACUAUUCUUGCAUUCUUUGCUGGACAAAUACAUGGUCGUGUCAGACCAAUCCUGCUGCAGUACUGGAGUGGGAGGGAUGAAGACAUGAAAAUCUAUGGACCAUUUCCAGAAAGAGUUGCAAGGAAGAUGUCAUAUGCUGACCACAUGAAAUCGAGUAAAUACUGCAUCUGUCCUAUGGGUUACGAAGUGAAUAGCCCAAGGAUUGUGGAAGCCAUCUACUAUGAAUGCGUUCCAGUUAUUAUAGCAGACAACUUUGUGCUUCCUUUCGAAGAAGUCCUUGACUGGAGUGCUUUCUCAGUUGUUGUAGCAGAGAAGGAUAUACCAAAUUUGAAAGAUAUAAUAUUACGAAUUCCACAGGCGCGAUAUGUAACUAUGCAGAUGAAUGUGAAGAAAUUGCAGAAACAUUUCUUGUGGCAUGCAAAACCAGUCAAGUAUGAUAUUUUCCACAUGAUACUUCAUUCCAUUUGGUUUAAUAGACUGAACCAAAUCCAAACUGAGCAGUGAUAGUACAACUCUGUCAUCACUCUUUUGAGAGCUUAACAGAAAAUACCAUCAAAGCUUAACAGAAAAGUUCUCAUGAAUUUCUUUAUCAUAUCAUGCCUUUCCUCUGUUCUACUGCCUCGCCAAUCCUAUAGCUUUUACUGCAAUAGUCCAGAAAUAUCAACCCCAGACAACCAUAAUUUGGGUUCUUCGGUAUAGGUAUGAAAUCAACAAAUCUGAAGUUUACACAAUGCCUGUGAUCAUGCUCAUCUUGUAUCCCUUUUCCUAAUGCCAUUCUUUGUAUUGCAAUAUUUAGCUUUUCUAUGGUGUCCAUGACUACAUCAAAGGAGUUUUUAAGUAGCUGGCAAGGUAAAGAAUAAGAACUUUCAACUGAUAGAACGUUUAAAUAUGUUUUUGUUCAUCUUGAUAGAAGGUUUAGUUUUGCUCGAAAAGGAUUGUGGAAGGCAAUGAUACCACAGUGUGGACAGAGAGCAUUCUGAUCUAAAGCCAUUUCUUAGGCAGAUUACUUAGUAAUUGAGAAUGAAAAUGACUGAGGAGAUUGUAUCAGGAUCAAGCGUACAGGAUAGUCAUUAAUGACUGAGGAUUUGUAAUAUUUAUUGACUGAAAUAUGAUAUCUUGCACAGAAUCUAUUCUUGAUUAAUGACUUAAAUUCUUUUCA